AUGAAGAAGUGGAAGCAAGAGGCCGAGGCGGAGCUCUAUGAGGGAGUGGAGAUCAAGAACCUCACCAGCAAAGCGCUCUCCGUGCCAACUACACACAUGCUCAAGAAGCUCCUCCUCGAAACCAUCAAUGCCACUAUGGGUGUCUUCAAUGAAGCAGCAAGAAGAAAGAUCGACUAUGUUCACUGGCUGGACAAUCCUAUGCUCAUGAGCCUCUUCAAGGAGUUCUUCAAGGACUUGAUUCAAGUCAAAGGAGUGAAGAUUGAACUCCGACCUUUCCAUCUUGCAUCAGCAGAGCCUAAGCUUCCAUUGACAUCAUCAUACCUACGGAUGCAAGUGAGAGGCAAUGUGAAAGCAUGGGACAUUCACCCUCCAGAAAAUUUGCGAGAGAUGAGCUUCAGCCAGAUCAACGCAGCACUCGACGAGGAUGACUGGGCAAUCACCAUCUAUGGAGUGGAGCACGAUAUGGAGACCCAGCUGAACGAGAUCCAACUCAGAUUGAAGUUGAUGAGAUUUGUCGAAAGCCUCACAGAAUACAAGACGAACAUCUAUGGUUGGCUGAAGAGAAAUGGCAAGUGGCGAUUCUUCCCUCGUGAGGAUGAUCACGCAACGAAGAUCAUGUUGUGGGUGCAGCACAUCUACAAAGGUUUGAGCAAGCAUCAAGUCCAUGGAGCUCUACUUGGACGAAGCUUGCGGAACAUCAAGCCUCCAUCGAACACAGUUGGUCAUCUCAUCUCAUGGAUUCAUGGAGGACAAGGCUACGCCGUGCAAGAGCACUUCUCCGACGGAUUCCUGAAGAUGAAGAGGGUUUCCAAUUACUCUCGUAAAGAGAUGUGCACCAUCUACUUGUUCCACUAUCAUCCUGAUCCUGUGGAAGAGCCAGCAAGCCAGUCGACCAUCAACAAGGAUGACGACAAGAUGGACGUCAACGUUCCCGAUGACAGAGACGGCUACAUGAUCAGCCAGCAGGAGUUUUCAGAAAAGAUUACACCUGCACCUGUCCCUGCAAGAGAAGAUGAUUCCAGAUUGACACCAGCAGAAGUCUCAGAUCUGCGAUCCAUCCUAGGAGCACUUCUUAGGGUGACAGCGACACGGCUGGACGUGAUUGCGGAUGUUUCAGCACUACAAUCACGAGUGACAGUAGCAGAAAUCAAGGAUUUGAAGCAGGCAAACAAUGUGCUCAUGAAGGUGAAGGAGUUUGCAGAUGUUGGUUUGCACUACCGCUACUUCAGGACAAAGCAUCGACGACUAGUUUGCUUCCAUGAUGCUUCGGCAGCCAGCAAGGGCCGGAACUAUGCCCAGGAAGGUGUAGUCAUUGCUUUGGCCGAUGACGAAUGGCGGAACAUCACGAUUGACUUUGAGCACACCUGCGAGACUGAGGAGCACGAACUCAUGCAUGGAGGAGUAAUGCAUGUUUUGCAUUCACAUGGAGCAAAAGCCAAGAGGGUGAGCUACAGCACAUCACAUGGUGAGACACUAGCCAUGGUGAACGCCUUGGAAUCUGCAACCUUGUGUAUGAUCAGGCUCAGCGAGAUGCUCCAUCCUCAACAUCCUCCAUCGUUGAAGGACCUCAUCAAGAUCCAGACGGCUGGGAAUCCAGAGAUGCCUUUGGACAUGUAUGGAGAUGCUCGAGAUGUCUAUGAGCUCAUCACAGGUUUAAUCAGACUGCAUGGAGUGAAGAAGCACCCAAUUGUGACAAGGGUUCUUCCGACCAUCGACUUUGACGAGCACGACCUUAUGCUGAAGGACGAGGAGAUGAUCCUGAAGGCAGAGAAGGAUGAGAGCAUGGUGCGAACGACACAUGCUUCAGUGCUUGUGGGACUGGCAGCGUUUGCCACUUCCAAGAAGAUGCUGGCGGCAAUGAUGCCGACUUUAGCAUUUGGGACUUUGGUGGAUGCGCAAUCCACUGAACUGGAGAAUCAAGAGCAGAAAAGCUACUUCUCCGUGUACCUCAUGAUUUUCAUCACGGUGAUUCUGGCGGUGAUGCUUGAGAGAAUGGUGACAAGUUGGAUGAGCAAGAAGAGAAGAAUCCAACAUGUGAAGAUCGAGUCCGACGACGACGAUGACAUGGAUGUCGAUCAAGAAGGAGAUCAACCAUCAUCCUCAGGAGCAUCCUUCCAACGGAAGAGGAAAGCAAGUCCUCGAGACACAUGGGAAGAUCUUGCACGAAAGGUCAUUGACGAGAAGGAGACGCUGAAGCGAAAGAACAAGAAGAGCGAAGAAGAUGCACACCUACAGCAACAGGAGAUCGACAGCCUCAAGUUUGACAACAAAUGGUGGAAAGAUAAGUAUGAGAAGCUUGAGGAGAAGUACGAUGACAAGGACUUCGAGCUGAAGAACCUCAAGAAUGACAUGACAGCGGUCAAUGCAAGGAAAAUGGUGCUCGAAUCUACGGUCAGCGACAUGAGAGCUGGACUAGUGAAGCUUGAAGAUGAGAAUGCCGAAUUGAAGAUGAAGCUGGACAGAAAGACAGCAGCAUCAUCAGAGAGACCAGCACCGCUGACACCAAGGAUCACUGACAAUGCCGAGAUGGCCGGCGAGAUCGAGAAGCUGCAGAAGAUGGUCAAGUUCAAGGACCAGGAGAUCAUGAGACACCUGGCUCGAAUCAAGAGCUUGGAGAUGCCAGAAACCAUCUUCAUCACGAAGACUGGCAGGAAGUUCCAUCGAGAAGGAUGUCCACAUCUGAGAGAAGGAACCGAGUGCCCCCACGACAUCGACAUUGCCCACUGGGAGCAGGUAGAUCGCGCUCUCACGGUCCUCGCCGAUGUCACCCUGGCAGGUCACAAGCAGGAGUGUCAAGCAUUGGCAUCGGAACUGCGAUGCCACAUGCUGUCGCUGGCGCAGAAUGACAGGCUUUGGCAACUGCAUCUGGGACGCGCGGAGCAGGAGGCUGAGAGUUGCCGUGCAGAGUCCGUGAACCUGACCCACCAGUUAGACCAGGUGCUCGGCGACCUGAAUGCGGCCCUCGCAGAAAGAGAGUCCAUCGCUGGUGAGUUGGAGACUGUGACCAACGAGCUCAGUCAACAUCAGGAGGCCAGGCUGCUGAUGGAGAGGGAGUUUGAGGAGCUCUCAGCAGAGGAAGACGAGCUGGCCAAGCAGGUUCAGGAAUCCAAUGUGCAUGCACUGCAUGCAGAUGAGAGAUCACAAAAGGGCAAAGGCCUUUUUGUGCAAGCCGCGCGCACAGCAGAGACACAUCAGAGGGCUCAUCGUCAGCCGCUCACCGUGUCUGCGAGUCGAACCAUGGCAGCAGCCCUCAGGGCCUCUGAGCCAGGCACAUGUGCACCGAAGCCUGCCGCCUGCACGCCUGACCUUGACCCAUGUGGUUUAAGAGCUCAGGAGCCUGGAUGGUGUGAGCCAGAACAUGUGAAGGAAGAUCCCGCAAAAGCAACCCCGGAGCAUUCAGAGGCUGACGUCAGUACGGACGAGGUGAAGCCUAGAUCGGUAGAGACGCCGCCGCAAGCAAUUGGAUGGAAUGAGGUGCAGAAGGAACCUGCAGAAGCAAGAUCAGAGGGUGUACAGACUGAUAUCAACCUGGACGCUGUUGAGACCACCUUUGCAGAGACGACGCCGCAGGAAGAGCUUGGAGAAGGAACGCCUACACAAGUAGAGGCCGAUGACACGGAGAAGUUGGGAAGCUGGUUUGAAGAGAGCACAUCCAAGGAGGAACCUGCAGAAGCAAGAUCAGAGGGUGUACAGGCUGAUAUCAACCUGGACGCUGUUGAGACCACCUCUGCAGAGACGACGCCGCAGGAAGAGCUUGGAGAAGGAACCCCUACACAAGUAGAGGCCGAUGACACGGAGAAGGUGGGAAGCUGGUUUGAAGAGAGCACAUCCAAGGAGGAACCUGCAGAAGCAAGAUCAGAGGGUGUACAGGCUGAUAUCAACCUGGACGCUGUUGAGACCACCUCUGCAGAGACGAUGCCGCAGGAAGAGCUUGGAGAAGGAACCCCUACACAAGUAGAGGCCGAUGACACGGAGAAGGUGGGAAGCUGGUUUGAAGAGAGCACAUCCAAGGAGGAACCUGCAGAAGCAAGAUCAGAGGGUGUACAGGCUGAUAUCAACCUGGACGCUGUUGAGACCACCUCUGCAGAGACGACGCCGCAGGAAGAGCUUGGAGAAGGAACGCCUACACAAGUAGAGGCCGAUGACACGGAGAAGGUGAGAAGCUGGUUUGAAGAGAGCACAUCCAAGGAGGAACCUGCAGAAGCAAGAUCAGAGGGUGUACAGGCCGAUAUCAACCUGGACGCUGUUGAGACCACCUCUGCAGAGACGACGCCGCAGGAAGAGCUUGGAGAAGGAACGCCUACACAAGUAGAGGCUGGGCAGUUGGGCUGA